AUGCGUUCGUUGACCCCUGUGUUGCUGCCGCUGCUGAUUGGCGGUUUGCUUCAUCUGACGCUCGCCCAAGAACAGCCAUAUUACAUGCACCGCUGCUCACGAGACGAUCCUGAACUGAACGAGUGUCUCCGAUUUGCGGGAAACAAACUGGCACAGCACUUAAGGAAAGGUGGCAUCCCAGAAAUUGGAAUUACAGAGGUUGAACCGGUUAUCGUGGAUGAGAUUGGCAUUGCACUUGGCAGCGGCCCCGACGGCUAUCGGGCUACCUUCAGAAAUAUUGAAGCCUUCGGCGUUAGCAACUUAACCGUGGUGAACGUCCGCUCCGAUAUCGAUACGCUACAGUUCCAGAUGACGUUUGAAAUUCCAAAAAUUAAAGCCCGAGCACAAUAUACAUCGUCUGGCGUUUUGCUGUUGAUUCAGGCUUCCGGUUCCGGCGAGUACUGGGGAGAGUAUGACGGGGUCAAAGCGAAGAUAUACUUCAAAACUUCACCCUAUCAAGGUGAUGAUGGUUUUACAUACCUGAACGUGGAUCAGGCGAAGAUGGACUUCAGUGUGAAGGAUAUAAAAAUGGGCGUUGACAACACCGCCAACCAGAACCCGAUUAUACUUUCCACUACAACAGAUGCCGCAAUGAACUUGUUCAUCAACUCGAACGCACAAGAGCUGCUGAAGGAGAUGAAACCUCAGCUGCGAGCGAAGCUAACCGAACAUUUGCACAGCUUUAUGCAGCUGCUGUUCGACAGAAUACCGCUGGAGUAUUGGCUCGACUGA